AUGUUGCGGCAGGUGCUUGCCUGUCCGAGGCACGCCAUGCGCAGAGCUCUAGUUACAGAUUCUGCCGGCGCCUAUCUCGAAAUCCCUCACGUGACGAAAUGGGCUGUUCCUAAAUUCGCUGCAGUUUUCAUUUGUGGUAUUUCAACUGGAGCCUUCAUUAGCGCUCGCGGUGCGAAAUUCCUUGAAGAAUACGAGCUCUUCGUGCCCGACGAUGAUGACGAUGACGACGAUGAUUAA